CGGUGAAGGUUUAAAAUCGGCGGGGCAUGCGCAGCGCCGCUCCGGGCUCUGGCGAGGGGGACGCCACAUUGGAUCGGCGCGAGGAGCGCUCCGGGCAGCGCCGGGCCGGUGCGGUACGGUGUGGUGCUCGCCUCGCCGGGCCGCAUGUCGCCGCUCCCGGCCCGCUCGUAGUGCCGCUCCGGGCCCGGCGCGCUGAGGCGAGCGGCUGCGCGGUGAGCGGGCGACGGCGCGGCGCUCUGGCCGGGCCGUGAGGGUCGGAGGCGGGCGGGCGUGGAUGGAUCCCCGCGUGGCCUGGAUCCAGCCCGAGCAGAAAGGCCCCGCGAAUGCGCUCUGGAUGCAGAUCUGGGAGACCUCGCAGGGCGUUGGGGGCCGCGGCGGCGGCGGCGCCUUCCCGCACUACCUCUGCCUCAACUCCCCGGCGCUGGACUCGGCCGCCGACGCCGCUUCACCGCCCCGCGGCCACGGCUGCGCCCGGCUCGGGGCGCCCGGCGGCGGCUGCUGCUCCUCGUCCUCGCCGCCGUCUCCCUCGCCGUCCCCCCCGGCGCUGCUGACCGGACUGGUACCCGCCGCCGGCCCCGCGGCGGUGGUGAACGGCAGCGGCGAGGGAGGGCGGCGGCUGCAGAAAUCGCCCUCGGUGUCUUCCUCGUCCUCCUGUUCGUCGGUGGAGUCCGGCACCGAGAGCCCCGGCUUCUCUUCCUCGGGGUCGUGCGGCGGUGGCGGCGGCUCCUCCUCUUCCUCCUGCGGCCCCCGGGCGGCGGUGGCUCCUCCCGGGCUGCCGGGCGGCGGUGCCGGGCCCGGAGAGUUCUUCAACUUCCACGAGAGCGGCAAAGCGAACGGCGCGCACGGGCACCACCCGGCAUCGCACCUCUCCCGCAACCCCCACCCGCCGCCGCCGGCCUCUCCCCAGCAGCACCAGUACCACCCGGGCCGCAGGAAACGAGAGAACAAGGCCAGCACCUAUGGCAUGAAUUACCUGCUCUCUGGCAGCCGCGGCGUGGCCGUCGCCGCCUCUCCACACCAGCAGCGUCAGCCGUCCCAGCCCGCGCUGCAGAGCCCCGGCACCCCCUGGAAGAGCAGGAAGUACAGCCCGGGAGUGCAGGGGCUACAUGAAGAAAUAAUUGACUUCUAUGACUUCAUGUCCCCUCGUCCGGAAGAAGCAGCUAUGAGAAGAGAGGUGGUGAAAAGAAUAGAAACGGUCAUCAAAGAUCUUUGGCCUGCAGCUGAUGUCCAGAUAUUUGGCAGCUUUAGUACAGGGCUUUAUCUUCCAACUAGUGAUAUUGAUUUAGUUGUUUUUGGGAAAUGGGAACGCCCCCCUUUACAGCUGCUGGAGCAAGCACUAAGAAAACACAAUGUGGCUGAGCCAUAUUCCAUCAAAGUACUUGAUAAAGCUACGGUACCAAUAAUAAAACUCACUGACCAGGAGACGGAAGUGAAAGUUGACAUCAGUUUUAAUGUAGAAACUGGUGUGAAGGCAGCUCGAUUUAUCAAGGAAUACAUGAAGAAAUAUUCUUUGCUGCCUUACUUGAUUUUAGUAUUAAAACAGUUCCUACUUCAGAGGGACUUGAAUGAAGUUUUUACUGGUGGAAUUAGCUCUUAUAGCCUGAUUUUAAUGGCAAUUAGUUUCCUGCAGCUGCAUCCAAGAAUUGAUGCCAGAAGAGCUGAUGAAAACCUUGGAAUGCUUCUGAUAGAAUUCUUUGAACUCUAUGGAAGGAAUUUUAACUACUUGAAAACUGGUAUUAGAAUAAAAAAUGGUGGUGCCUAUAUUGCCAAAGAAGAAAUCAUGAAAGUCAUGACAAACGGAUACAGACCAUCCAUGUUAUGUAUUGAAGAUCCUCUCCUGCCUGGAAACGACGUUGGCAGAAGUUCUUACGGUGCCAUGCAAGUGAAACAAGUUUUUGAUUAUGCCUACAUUGUUCUUAGCCAUGCAGUAUCACCACUUGCAAGAUCAUAUCCAAAUAGAGAUUCUGAGAGCACAUUAGGUAGAAUCAUCAAAGUGACCCAAGAAGUGAUUGACUACAGGGCCUGGAUUAAAAAGAAGUGGGGGAGCAAAAUUAAUUUAUCACCUGAACUUGAUAAUAGGUUGAAAAUAAGAGACCAGAUAUCUCCAUGCAAUGGAGAACAGAACAACAACAGAGACUCUGAAUCAUCUUACAACCAACGCUUGACUUUGUCAUUGACUAGUACACAACAGUUAUCCUCUGGCUCAUCUGCGUCGUCUGUAUCAUCACUCUCUGGCAGUGACAUUCAGCACACUGGAAUGAAGUUUUCCAUGAAAGGAACUCAUAACCAAGGCAACAGCUACAGUCCUGUCAACAGUGGAGGCAUGAGGCAACCAGUUGGUAACAGAGGACACCACCAGUACAAUCGUAAUAUAUGGAGAAGAAAAAAACACAGAGACAGUUUACCUAUUAGUCUGAGCAGAUAAUGGCAGAUGCCAAAAUGACCUUCCCUGUUCAGACAAACUGAGCGAGUGCCACUCGACUUAGGGGAUGGAGACCAGCGUCCAGCACAUCGUUUUAUUGGUGUUGCCAAAUAUCUGCAGCUGACUUCUUUGCAUGUUUCUUUGUGUGGUGGUUCAGUCCAUCUUCAAGAAGUAGUUGUGCUUAUCUGUGAAGCCUUAUUAAAUGUGGAAGUUUGUUUUUCUGCCUUCCCACAAUGGUUCAUACAGUGCCGAAGCAGCUCUGACAGUGGAACUGCAAGGACAUCUACAAAUGCUGUGGCUUUUUUUGCUGUGGCUACAUCUGUUCCUAUGUGGGUUCUGUUUUCUUUUAUUUUGGAAGUGAAGGAAACUUCAGCCCCUUCAAUUUUUUUUUCUUUUUCUUUUUUUUUCUUUGCAGCAAAUCAAGUUGGGAAUUCAUAAAAAUAAAUUUGCUGCAUUCCUGUUAGUUUCAAAGUUCAGAAUUUUUUGCUCUGUAAAUAUUGGAGAUAUAAUUUGUGCAAUAACUUGGAAUUUUAAUUUAAUUUCAUAUUGUCACAUAAGUUAUAUUUAAGGGGAAGAGGUUUUUUAAUUUACAGAUCCUUUCCCAGGUUGCAUUAUCUAAGUUGGGUUCAUAGUUUUGGCAGGUUGUCUGAGCAGUGUUACAAACACGACAUUUGGUAACAUUUGAGGCUUCUUGAUUCACAGUGAAAGAUUUGGCUUACGGUUUUAAGAAGGUAUUAAGCUCCAAAGCAUUUCAACCCUGUGGUUUUUUUGUUGUUGUUGUUUUAGUUCAUUGUCUGGCCUCUAUCAGUUGUCUUGCUCUGACCAAUGAGUUUUAAUUUUAUUCCUUUUAAUAGACAACGAAUCCAGCGUUCUUAGUACCAGAAGUCAAACUUUUGAGGGAGGGGGGGAAGGUUGGUUCAAGUUCCGGUAUGAAAUUAAAAUCGGUGAACUACAUGCUUUGACGCAUUUUAGUAAUGUAACCUGUUAAUGUUUGGGUUCAAACAACGUUAUUAAAUGGAGGUACCCGGCUUAAGGAAUGUGGAGAAAGGAAAUAUGUUGAUUCCAUUAAGGAAUCUGUAUAGCAGUAUGCAUUAGUUCUGUUAAGAGCAAAUAUAUAAAAAGUACUUCAGCUGCUCUAAGCAUUAUGAGAAGUAUCUUUUAAUGUAUUGCAGGAGAGCACAGCCCAGUGUUGUACGCAGUAUGAGUGGCUGGCACUUAAUUUACAGAUGCAUACAGGUAUACUAUGCAAGUGUGUAUUGCCAUGACAAACACUGUCUUUAACUUUUUGAACAAUGUACAUCCUGCCUAACCCUGAGUUUUUAAAGCACCACAGUUGUCCUGGGAGUAGGUCACGUCUCAUGCCCUCUGACUUCCUGUUUUUUUAGUGAGAGUUCUUAAGCUAUACAGAAAACUACAGAUCAGUUAUAUAAAUCCACUAGCAGAGAAAGCUGAAGAAUCCUGUUAACAGGACAUCUAUACUGUAUACAGAUAGAGAAGGUUUUGAAACUGAUAUCCGAGUGUUAAAAUGAGGUGUCAAGCAUGAAGCUUUUUAAUAUGCUGUAUGCCUUUGAAGCAGAAGUAGUUCAUGUUAUUACUGAAUCUGUCAAACAGGUCUUUGAGGGGAGAGAGGGCAACAUUCCAAAGUAGAGUAGUGCAUAUCUGUUUGCAAAAAGUUUGUCUUAAUGCUCCAGGUUCGUCACAAUUUUAAACAAAAAGAAAUUGUGAGCUGAUUCAUAAAUAAUAUCUAAGGGCUGUUACAGGAGCCUGUACUGCUUAGUCUUCACACACUAGCAAUAUUGAGCAUAACUACAUUAAAGAGCCUUUGAAGGCUUUAGUUGGUGUCUUAUUCUAGCGUCCAUUUUAAAGUGAAAUUCAUUUAAAAGUGGUAUCAUGUAACACUUCAGUCAUGGUGAACCAAAUAAAUUGGCCUGGCUAUCACUGUGGUUAUGUGCUACAGGUUUAAAACAAACAAAAUCAUGUUUAAAUUUUUUGUGUGGACAACUAUGUGGAAGCUAAAAUUGACAUAUUUUUAUGUAAAGUUUUCUAUUCUUUGAUUUUUAAUAAACUUUGGAGACCAGUCA